CAAGAAAUCGAACUCAAACCUCUGAAAGUCAAAAGCAAAGGAUUUGUAUCCCCAUGGAAUCGGCUAGUGGAGAAGACAGUACCUAAAAGAAAAGGAAAAACGCCAUCGCGAGAGCUGGCAGCGCAGACAGUUGGGAGUGGAAAUCGCAAGAAAACGCCAUCACGAGAGCUAGCAGCACAGACAGUUGAAAGUGGAAAGCGCAAGGCAUCAGCUCUUCGAAGAAUCAGAAGUUAUGAUGCAGUACAAAAAAGUUGUAGUGGAGAAUCUUUCAAAAGCAGUGCGGAGCGAAAUGUUGGCUCACGUGAUUCUGAUAAAAAGGGAUUAUCGGAUAGCGAAGAAAGGAGCAAAAGUUCCGAGUCAAGAAAGAAAGAGGAGAUGGACCAGGUUUCAAAAGAUAUGACUAAAAGAAAGUCACGAAGGCAGCAGAGGACAACGAAAACUCACAGGAGACAUAGCUCAACAGCAAUUUCAGCUGCACUUCUGGGAAAAGCUGAUGAAAGAACUUCGUCAGCUGAAACUAAGUUAUCAGGCGAGCAAAAAAGUCAUACAAGGGAUGUCAGAAAACACUCUACUUUAGCCAGACCGAGAAGCAGGAGCAGAAGCGAAAGGCCUGCAUAGGGUCUUCAGCAUGAGUUAAGAUUAAGAUGAUAUCGAAAUAUCUCUAAC